AUGACUUCACAGGGGCACAUGGGCGAAAUCGACCCCGCUGAAGCGCAUGCAGAGAGUGGCACACAGCCAGCCCGGCCAGCUGGCACUACAUGCCCGGUUCACAGCCACGCUGGUGAGGAUGCCAAACGCGGAGCUUUGAGGAAGGGCCUCGGGAGACACCGGGAAUAUGUCAAAAUAUCGGUGCCGGAAGGGAAGGGAAGCCGUCUGCCUCUGGAGUGGUGGAAGACAGGCAUCGCUCUGGUCUACGCCGUGUUUAACCUCGUCUUGACUACGGUAACGAUCACAGCGGUGCACGAAAGGGUCCCCGCCAAAGAGAGUAGCCCACCGUUGCCCGACAAGUUCUUUGAUUACAUUGACCGCGUCAAGUGGGCGUUUACGGUGACCGAGGUCAAUGGGAUGGUCCUGAUGGGGAUUUGGAUUGUUCAGUGGUUCUUUCACAGAUACAAGGCAAUAGUGGGUAGAAGGUUCUUUUUCCUGAUUGGCACCCUUUACAUGUACCGUUGUGUCACCAUGUACAUCACCACCCUGCCCGUUCCUGGCAUGCACAUGACCUGUGCCCCAAAGCUGUAUGGUGACUCACAGGCAAAGCUGCAGCGUGUCUUGCAGCUGAUCUCUGGGGGCGGCCUGUCAAUCACAGGCUCCCACCUGUUGUGUGGUGACUUCCUGUACAGCGGGCAUACCGUCAUGCUAACGCUAACGUACCUGUUCAUCAAGGAGUACUCUCCUCGCUCUUUCUGGUGGUAUCACUUGCUGUGCUGGCUCCUUGCUGCUGUCGGUGUAGUGUGUAUCUUGGUGGCCCACGAACAUUACAGUGUGGAUGUGGUGGUGGCCUAUUUUAUAACUUCACGACUCUUCUACUGGUACCACACUAUGGCCAACGUGCAGGCUCUCAAAUGCUCUCCGAACAACUACCUCUCCCACACGUGGUGGAAUCCCAUAUUUAACUUCUUCGAACGGAACGUGCAGACCCAAGUGCCCUGCUCCUACUGCUGGCCCGUCACCUGGCCCCCCACCUGCUUGAAAAACCCAUGUAAGAACUAUUCGAUGGUGCAGAGCAUCCGGGAGGAGUGA